AUGCCGGUAGGUGAAUGUGCCGUGCUGCGCGAUCGACCAGCACUACGUCUCGAUUCCCGUCUUGUGUGUAAAUAUGAAAUACUAUCUGUCAUAGGAAAAGGCAGCUUUUCACAGGUAAUGCGGGUGCAGCAUCGAAUCUCUCGGAAAUAUUUCGCCGUAAAGCUUGUCUCAUCCGAUUGUGGUUCUGUAAACAACGAGCUCAAUAUUCUCAGCCGCGUUUCACAUCCGUUUGUUAUACGUCUAGAGGAGGUGUUCAAAUCGUCCUCGAAACUGUUCAUUGUUAUGGAAAUGGCUAGUGGAGGCGAAAUGUACGAGCGAGUGGUAUCAAAAGGCAGGUAUUCUGAAUCAGAAGCACGACAAGCGUUGAAAAUGCUGCUCAACGGUCUCGCCUACCUUCAUUCAUUACGGAUUACACAUCGUGAUUUGAAACCAGAGAAUUUGCUCUACAGUGAUACGAGGCCGGAUGCGAGAAUUCGGGAGCAGUACCUUGAUGUGGGAUUUAGGGGUUCUCCGAGGGUGGACAUGUGGGCUGUGGGUGUGAUCGCUUACAUUUUGAUGUCUGGUAUUAUGCCAUUCGACGACGAUUGUCGCUCUCGGCUCUAUACACAUAUCAUCACUGCCAAUUAUGUUUAUUAUCCUCAGUUCUGGUCCGGAUCAGAAUCAGCCAAGCAGUUUGUCGACUGUCUUCUGGAGACGAAUGCAGCCGAACGGUUGAGUGCUGUCGAUGCAGCCCGUCAUGAGUGGAUGACCGGCGAGCGUGUCGUGCCGGUGGUGAGCACCAGAACUUCACGACCGGCUUCCGAAUACAACACUAUGCAAAGGACGAAAUCGACUCGAUCAAUUCGUUCUGUGACGCGGUCGGACCAUGGCCAUCGUGUGGAUCCGCGGGAGGUCGAUCAACUCGCCAAUGACCUGAAAAGGGCCGCCCAAAGCACGAAAAACUACGGUGUUUUCUAG